AUGGACCCCAAAACCGGAUCGACCUCGAAGCGCAAGGGCUCGCUUGCACAGAGCAUUGACGAUGCGCACACGCUUGCAGAGCUGGGCCACGUGGAAGAACUCUCCCGAAAGUUUGGACUCUGGUCUAUGCUGGCAUUGGCCUUCUGUGUUCUAGGAACCUGGUCGACGUUCGCGCAAGGAUUAGCCUCUGGACUCAGCAAUGGUGGACCGUUCAGCAUUCUGUGGGGUCUGUGUCUUGUGUUUGCAUGCAAUGUCUGCGUUGCUUUGUCGCUGGGAGAGCUCUGCAGCAGCAUGCCCACAGCGCUUGGUCAAGCGUACUGGGUGCAUCGACUACUGGACACGAAGACUGGCAGAUUUGCUAGCUACAUGUGCGCCUGGAUCAACACAUUUGGCUGGUGGACCCUGACGGCCAGUCAGAUUGCGUUCAUGACCAACUUCAUCUUGGGCAUGAAAGUCAUGUUUGACAACGAGUGGAGUGGCGCAACGAAAGGCUGGGUGCAGUCUCUGGUGUACAUUGGAAUCACCUUGCUGUUCACGGUGGUCAACCUCGUGGCAUGUCGAAGAGACGAGAUUCUCCCCAUCUUCAACAAUGUAGUCGGAGUAUGGUUCGUCGGCUUGUUCUUCGUCUUCGCGCUGGCGUUGCUCAUAUCUGUCGGCACGAAACGAGGUCUGGUAUAUCAGCCGGCCUCCUUCGUCUUCGGCCACUGGAUCAAUCAGACAGGCUGGCCAGAUGGUGUCGUUUGGUUCACUGGGCUCCUACAGGCCGCUUAUGGACUCACCGCCUUCGACUCGGUAAUCCACCUCAUCGAAGAGAUCCCUGCACCAAGGAAGAACGGACCAAAAGUCAUCUGGCUGGCCGUAGUCUGCGGCGCCAUCACGGGGUUCCUCUUCAUGCUAGUCUGCCUCUUCUGCAUUCAGAACUUGGAACAGGUCCUCGAUGGUCCGACCGGAUUGCCAUUCAUGGAACUCGUCGAGCAGACCAUCGGUCUCGAAGGCGGCGCAGCUCUCCUGGCUCUCUUCAUCUUCAAUGGUAUCGGGCAAGGCGUCUCGAUCGCCACAACUGGAAGCCGACUUACGUGGGGAUUCGCACGCGACAACGGUAUACCUUUCAGCCAAUACUUCUCGCACGUCGACACAACCUGGCGUGUCCCAGUCCGCGCCCUCUGGCUGCAAGGAUUCCUCAUCGCCCUCGUCGGCAUCCUUUACCUCUUCGCCAGCACAGUCCUCCAAGCUAUUCUCAGCGUCAGCACCAUUGCACUGACGAUAUCCUACGGAAUGCCGAUCUUCACACUAGCCAUCGUUGGUCGCGACAAGCUUCCACCUGGGGAGUUCAAUCUCGGCAAGCUCGGACCGUUCAUCAACUGGGUCAGCGUGAUAUACUGCAGUGUCACGACAGUGUUCUUCUUCUUCCCAAGCGAACCUAACCCUGCAGCGGGCGAUAUGAACUACGCCAUCGUCGUAUUCGGCGUAAUGGUAGUAGUUGCCGUGGGAUUCUGGUUCAUCACGGGAAGAAAAACUUACCUACGAGGCGAUGAUGCGGCGAUGAGAAUUGAACUGGCACGACGGCUUGAGAUGGAACAGACUGCUAUUGAGACCCAUCCUAUCAACACUAAGUAG